AUGAAUCUGGGGGGAGACCUGCUGCCGCAGUAUCGCCAGGAAACGCCGAAGACAUCACCGCACAUCAUCCUACACUAUUCAACGUUCAAAACAAUCUGGGACUGGUCCAUUCUGGCGCUCACUUUCUACACUGCUUUCAUGGUACCCUACAACAUUGCCUUUAAGGUGUGCUCCUAUCUUUCUUGCUUCAUUUGCUAUAAUCAGUAUCGUGCAGCCACCUGA